GACCGUAGUAACCGUGGUAACCGUGGCUCUGAAUGGCCUCGCUGCUGCAUGGCAACAGAGCCUCACCCCUCAUUUUACCCAUGACUCCUCGCAGCCUACCACACCGCCAUCUCUGGUCUCUGUACUGAAGCGCUCUAUGUUUGUAUGAAUGAAAGCUGUGUCCCAUCACCUCACCGCCCUGUCUGCUCUCUGUUUGCAUCGGUGCAGCUCUGUCCCACAUUGUCUGUUUGGUCUUCUGCUUUCUGUGCACAUUCAAACAUGCUAAUUGUCCAAAGGGUUUUUAGAGGCUUCAGACUCCACCAAAUCUGGGGGUAGUCUCUGUGAACGUGCAGUGGUUCCUGGAUGGAACCAUUGUUUUUCAACAACAAUGGUUACCACUUACCACCUACUGCCUCUGCAAGGUUGCAUCUAUAAAAGUAAAAUGACACACAUGAGCUAACAAAAAGGGCAAAAAGCAGUCCGUCAUUAUUAUAUAACUAUCUCAGGCUUCGGACCAGGGAUGUCAAACAGAUUUUACAUUGUGCACAACAUACAGCCCGCUUUUUUGUUUAGGUGGGCCAGAGUGGUGAAAAUCCUCUUUGUGUCGAUGUAAAGAAGUUUAACUGCAUAUUUAAUCUCCGCGAUAUCAAAUUAAGAAAAAGAAGUAUGAUUUCAACAGUAUGUCUCAGAUUUUCUACAUGAUGAAGAAAUCUGUCAGCACAACUGUUAGGAUCCUCCCCCACUCAUUAAAGCCAUGGUCUGAUGUCUGGUUGGCAUGGGAGGGGAGGGUCACCUGUGUCUUGCAGGCUGUAAAAGCUGUAAAAGUUCUGGCAACACUGUCCUGUAAUUAUAAAGCAGAAUGUUUUUGUUAAUUCACAGACACACUUUAAAAAAAUGUAUAGUAGACAAUGAAAAAACAGGAAAUUGUCUUACUUAACUGUUUUUCUAUUGGUUAAUUAGUUUGGUGUCGAAUGAAUGGCUGUGGGGAGGUCUUUUUUUUAGUAGGAAAUAUUGUAAAAAAUACAGUUAAAAGUCUAAAAUUUAUAUCCUCCUUCACAUUCUCCAAAGACUGGCCAGAUUUGAGUCUUUGCCAGGCCAUUUCUGGCCCCCAGGACCUUAUGUUCUACACCUUUGCUAUUUGAUUGGCAAUAGAUAUUUUUUGCAGCAGAUUAAUUGCAUGAAAUAAAAAUAACUGUAAAGAUCAGGACAUGUUUUUGGGUUCAUGGGUUUUGGUCCUGCCCUCUCAUUCACUCCUCUGUCACUUUUGGGAUAUUUCUGCUCAGCCUAGAUACUAAGUUGUAUAUUCAUGCAUUUUUGAUAACAUUAACAGAUCUUGCAACCUAUUAUGGAAGUUAACAGUUUUAUAUUAAACCCUGAAGUCUCUGUUUUUGUGAAGGAGAUGGAUCACUUCUGUUCUUGGACUUGGAGUUUAUUAUGUUGAAGAGUCCAGUGAUUCAGCCUUUGACUCUUGAAUGAAAGCUUUACUAAAUCACUUUAAUUUAUUACUAACUAAAGCAUUAGUAUUAAGAGAACAAACUAAAUUAAAUCAGUCUUUGGUGUGACCGUCACCAAGUUUCCAAGGUUGUUUUAAGCAUCUUAGAGAACCGCAGUUCUUCUGUCUUUUCGUGUGAUCCCACACUGACUGCAUGAUACCGACUUCACUGCUCUGUGAGGGCUAGACCAUCUGUUGCACCACUCCCUAUUACUCUUGUUAAUAAAGGUCUUUAUUAAAGACAGGGUGGUGUGUACGUUAUCCUGUUACACAAUAAUUUUGAGACCAGCCACAAAGUUAGAAAAUAUAAUUUCCUUAUAAUAUUGUAUUUGUUCCCACACGUCUAUCAUGACAUCCAAGCUGGCUGUCCGCUGCUCUUUGUCAUUCCUGGCUGACUCAUACAUGCAGGCGUUCCUUGAAAAUGUCAGAAUGCGACUGAGGUGAAAUGAGCUGCCCUCCUGCCUGCAGUAACCUGCAGAGUAUAGAUUUCCCGUCAGCUCGGUUCUUCUUUAUCGUCUCCUGGUCUGCAUCUCCUCCUUGGCAGGCUGACUUUGAACAUCAGGAGGGAACUUUAAAGCAGGAGGAUCAAAUGUUCAGUCACAGAGCCGGUGAAACUGAGGAAGAAUAGGAAAUGUUACAGACAAGACCGAAAUGGAAACUCAGUGGAGGAAAAGCAAAGUAAAAUGCUUUUGUACUGCUGUUCUGAAGGUUGACCCUUAAGUCUGAAGUCUGUCACAGACUUAGCCCUUAUUUUUCUCAGCUGAGUGUUUGGGCUUAUUUAUGCUUUCUGGACAGUAAUUUUAUCUCCUUUUGUUUAGUUGAAGCUGCACUGCAGUGACCUCGGAGGCAGCGAUCCUCCCUCUGUGUGCUGGGAAAGCAGGAACCUGAUACAUCUCCACCCAUCUCAGCAUCCACUCUGUCUGUUGGCCACUCUCACUCCAUCACUCUCAGAGUAGCACUUAGUCUGUGUGCUGGAGAGAAUUUGAAUGGAUUAUGGAAAAAUAUGUUUAAUAUUUGAACAGGACAGUUUUCUCUAAGCUGCUCUGUAAGAGAUACUCAUAAGCUGUUUUUCUUUCUGCCUCUGCAGCCUGACGUCCUGUUGCUUGUUUUGUUUUUUCUCUCCACAAUCAGAUUCCUAAUACUCUUAAACAUCGCCUGUUUACUAAAACCUCAUUGGAUAUUUUCUCCCCAUGUUUUUUUGCCCAUGACGUGAAAGUAUUUGAGGUUUAAAGCUCACAACUAAUCAGAGUAUCUUAUACUUUGUGGAUUAAUCCUCUUAGAGAUCCCUCUCUCUUCCUGCUCAGCUGUUGGUGCAGAGCAACAGAUUAGUGGAACUGAGGAAGAUAUCACGAUCGCUUCCUUAGAUGGCUCUUUAGGAGACUGUCGAACUAUUAAAUCUCCCUUUUAAAUUAAAAAAAAAAAUCCUUUUGCUACAGUUAAUGUUACUUUUAAAGUUCGGAUCUUAUCUCUGGCUGUUAUGCUGUUUGCAUUUCUGAGUUUUUACGUGAGGCUUUCUUAACCUCUCUACUCUGGGUAUGUGUCUAUGUAAAGUGAGCACGGUUAGGCGCAGUUCAGAAAUAGCAAGACUCACUAAGAAAGGUAUACCUCAUAAAGCCACUCAGGUGUUGCCCCCCCACCCCUUUUGUUUUUGUCUGCCUCAUUUUAACAAACCUUAUGGAGGAUCUGCCAGCGUUGCUAGGAGACAAGAGAGGCUUGCAUCAGCAUGGCUGCUCAUUUUUCCCUCUCACCUCCAUUUACAGCCCCGCCCUCCUCUGCCUCACAUCAUCUCUUUCCUCCCCUGUCUGUCCCCAAUCACCACUUCACACCCAUCCCUCCCUCCCCCUCCCCCCGUCUGUCUGUGUUAGAAGUGGUGAUGAGUGGGUGAGCAGCAGGGAGGGAGGAGGGCACACAGUGAUGUAAUGCAGGAGCAGCUGACAAAUCCCAACAAGCGGAGAGCGAGAAGAGGGGGGGAAAUGAGACAGAGGGUUGGAGAGGGAGGUUAGGGGAGGAGAGGCGUCUCCGGUAUAGCAGGAAACGGCAGCAGGCUGGAGGCUCGCGGCAGAGGGAUGUUCGAGUCCUAAUCAGAGCCGAGAGCAGAAGAGAGGUGCUGACAGAGGGCGCUGGCAAAUGGAUUAUGAGAGAAAGAGGACAUAAAGGAGGACGAUAGCAGGAGGAAGGGACGAACAGUGGGAGGGAGGGGGAGCCUGGGAAUAAAUCGCCGCGGCCAUUUGCACCACUGCAGCUCCCCGGCCUGAGCCGCUGCCUGUCUGACUGUUCAGCUUCAGCUUUCCGCCUGUCUGUUCUGAACCUGCUGUCUGUGGAUCUUUGCCUGUUUUAUCAGCUUCCUGUUUCUGUGUGUGUGUUUGUUUCUGGGUGACCGUGUGUGUGUAUGUCUUCUUCCCUUGCAAAAAUGAUGAGACAGACUCCUGCACCCCGGAAGACCACGGCCAGAAGGCCAAAGCAGCCCAGCCGACCUGCAGGAGGGAAGGGGGCUGCGUCUGGGUCGGCUUCAGCCUCUGCUGGGGAGAUGAGCAGCAGCGAGCCCAGCACGCCGGCACAGACCCCCCUGGCUGCUCCGGUCAUCCCCACCCUCCACUCCCCUGGAAACCCUCCAGCUCCCAUCCCCAGCAAGGAAGAGGAGGCGCUGCGUAAUCAAGUGAAGGACCUGGAGGAGAAGCUGGAGACCCUGAAGAUGAAGCGCACGGAGGACAAAGCCAAACUGAAGGAGCUGGAGAAGCACAAGAUCCAGCUGGAGCAGCUGCAGGAGUGGAAGACCAAGAUGCAAGAACAGCAGGCCGAGCUACAGAAGCAACUCAAGGAGGCCAAGAGGGAGGCUAAAGAAGCUCUGGAGGCAAAGGAGCAUUACAUGGAGGAAAUGUCGGACACAGCGGACGCCAUCGAGAUGGCGACGCUGGAUAAGGAGAUGGCUGAGGAGAGAGCAGAGUCUCUGCAGCUGGAGGUGGAUUCCCUCAAGGAGAAAGUGGAUGAGCUCACCAUGGACCUGGAGAUCCUCAAGCAUGAGAUUGAGGAGAAAGGCUCAGAUGGUGCCGCCUCCAGUUACCAUGUGAAACAGCUGGAGGAGCAGAACAGCAGGUUGAAGGAAGCUCUGGUCAGGAUGCGUGACCUGUCUGCGUCAGAGAAGCAGGAACACGUGAAGUUGCAGAAGCAGAUGGAGAAGAAGAACGUGGAGCUUGACUCUCUGAGAAGCCAGAAGGAGAAACUGCAGGAAGAGAUGAAAGCGGCAGAAAAGACCAUUGAUGAGCUGAAAGAGCAGGUGGAUGCAGCCUUAGGCGCAGAGGAGAUGGUGGAAACUCUGACAGAGAGGAACUUGGACCUGGAGGAGAAAGUCAGAGAGCUGAGAGAGACAGUCACAGAUCUGGAAGCUAUAAAUGAGAUGAACGACGAGCUGCAGGAGAACGCCAGAGAGACGGAGCUGGAGCUGAGGGAGAUGCUGGAUCUGGGAGCAGCGAGAGUCCGAGAGGCAGAGAAACGAGUUGAAGCCGCGCAGGAGACCGUAGCCGAUUACCAGCAGACCAUCAAGAAGUACCGGGAGCUCACGGCUCACCUACAGGAGGUGAACAGAGAGCUGACCAGCCAGCAGGAAGCCUCAGCAGAGCUGCAGCAGCAGCCGCCAGCGGAGAUGUUUGAUUUCAAGAUUAAAUUUGCAGAGACGAAGGCCUACGCCAAGGCUAUUGAGAUGGAGCUGAGGAAGAUGGAGGUGGGUCAGGCCAACAGACACGUUUCUCUUCUGACCUCCUUCAUGCCAGAGUCCUUCCUCCGUCACGGUGGAGACCACGACUGCAUCCUGGUGUUGCUGCUCAUCCCCAGACUCAUCUGCAAGGCCGAGCUGAUCAGCAAACAGGCACAGGAGAAAUUUGACCUGAAUGAAAACUGCGUGGAGCGAGCCGGCUUGAAGGGAGCUUUGGGUGAGCAGCUGAGCUUCGCGGGUGGUCUCGUCUACUCGCUCAGUCUGCUGCAGGCCACGCUGCACAAAUACGAGCAAGCUCUGUCUCAGUGCAGCGUGGAGGUCUAUAAGAAGAUCGGCUCUCUGUACCCAGAGAUGAGCGUCCACGAGCGAUCUCUGGACUUCCUUAUUGACCUGCUGCACAAAGACCAGCUGGAUGAGACUGUCAACGUGGAGCCGCUUACCAAGGCCAUUAAAUAUUAUCAGCACCUGUACAGCAUCCACCUGGCAGAUCAGAAUGAGGACUGCACCAUGCAGCUGGCUGAUCACAUCAGAUUUACCCAGAGUGCCUUGGACUGCAUGGCUGUGGAGGUGGGUCGUCUGCGGGCGUUCCUGCACGCGGGUCAGGAGAAAGCCGACCUCGCCGUGCUGCUGAAGGAUCUGGAGACAUCCUGCAGCGACAUCCGGCAGUUCUGCAAGAAGAUUCGUCGUAGAAUGCCUGGAACGGAUGCGCCCGGCAUCCCAGCGGCACUUAGCUUUGGACAGCAGGUGUCAGACACCCUCUCAGACUGCAGGAAACACCUGACCUGGGUGGUGGCAGUCCUGCAGGAAGUGGCAGCAGCCGGAGCUCAGAUGAUGUCACCUCUCGGUGAACAGGAGGGGCUGUCGGCUGUCAAACUGGAGGACGUGGCAUUCAAAGCUGGAGAACAAAUCUAUGGAUCCCAGGGUGCCAACCCCUACGAGUAUCUGCGACAGUCCUGUAGCAUUGUCAUAGCAACCAUGAACAAGAUGGCGACUGCUAUGCAGGAGGGAGAGUAUGACUCAGAGAAGCCUCAAAACAAGAACCCUCCGCCAGUAGAUGUGCGAGCGGCAGCUCUUCGAGCAGAAAUCACAGAUGCAGAAGGACUCGGCUUAAAGCUGGAGGACAGAGAGACGGUCAUCAAGGAGCUGAAGAAGUCUCUCAAGAUCAAGGGAGAAGAGCUGAGCGAGGCGAACGUGCGUCUCAGCCUGCUAGAAAAGAAGCUGGACAGUUCAUCCAAAGAUGCAGACGAACGUGUUGAGAAGAUUCAGACUCGACUGGAUGAAGCCCAGACUCUGCUGAAGAAGAAGGAGAAAGAGUUCGAGGAGACGAUGGACGCUCUGCAGGCCGACAUCGAUCAGCUUGAGGCAGAGAAGGCCGAACUGAAGCAGAGAAUCAACAGCCAAUCAAAGAUGACCAUCGAUGGGCUGAGAGGAACCGGGCCAUCAGGAAUCGCUUCCAUUGUCACAGGAAUGGCCGGCGAGGAACAAAAAGCAAACAUGAUGUCAGGUGUCGGCUCUGGAUCGGGCGUUCAAGUGAUCGACUCACCUCUGCUGACUCAGCAGAUCGAAGCUCAGAGGCUCUGCAUCAAACACCUGAAGAAUGAGAACAACAGGCUGAAGGCGGAGAAGAUGCGUGCUCAGCUUGCCUCUCUGCCUCCUCUCAAUGUGACCAAGCUUCCCUCCAAAGACGGACGUCCUGAAGUGCUCUCCAGUGCCCUCUACCGUAAGACCGAUCAGCUCCUGGAGACACUGCUGCAAAUGAGUGCCAACGUCAAGGUGGUGGACAUCACUGGAAAAUCUCCUGUGACCCCUGGUGCUCAGCUCCUGGAACAGACAGCUAGACUGCAGUCCCUGAAUGACACUCUGGACAGACUGAAGGACGAGGUAGCAGAACACGUCGUCAACCUGCAGCCCGGAGCUCGAGUCUCGUCUGAUUUCGCCACGUUCCCUUCAACCUCAUUUGUUAAGGUGAAGGAGGAGAAGCAGGGUGACACGGUGCUGGUGGGAAGGGUCAUGGUGCCGUGUCCCCGCGGUCAGGAGCAGGUCCACCGCCUCGUCCUGUCACAGUCGGAGCUGCGGCGAGUUCACAGUCUGCUGCGGACCUAAACAUCACAUGCCCCGCCUUCCCGCACCAAAACACUCCACCACCAUCAGCUUUUUCUCCAGGGCCAAACAAGUCACACCAGGAGGCUUUUUAGGUUAUUAGCUGUGAGAUUGAUGCCAGAGCUGCAGGUUACAAAGUGCACAGGUGAAGGCUAAAAUGUAGAAAUAUACAAAUCUAAAUUGAGUCUGAAUUUGUUAGUCGACUGACAAGCAGCUUAUUGGCAACUAUGUUAGUCAUUGUCACAUUCUUUGAAGACUGAGAAGUCUUCCUCAGAUUUUUAGCGUUUUUAAAUGUUGAGGGUUUUCAUGUGUUAUUUGAAUAUCAGUGGAAUCUACACUGAUGGCUUGAAAAACAUUUCUUGUAAUUAUUCCUAUUUUAAGACAUUUUAAAAGAACUGAGAAAAUAACUGGGGAGAUUAACUAUUAGUGAUUCAGUCCAGGUCAGAGGCUAAAGAGAAGGACUGUUUUGUUUUUUCACACAGCCAAAAUCAGACUGCACAUCUUUGCACAUGUGACUCGUUUCAGGCAACUCUGCAUUUGACUGAGGCCUUGCUGGCUGUAAAUUGGAACCUGGAUGAUGAGAUCGUGAUUCCUUACUUGUAUUUUACAUCUAGAUCAGGGGUCGGCAACCUGCGGCUCCGGAGCCGCAUGUGGCUCUUUAGUCCUUUUUUUUCCAAUUAUUUUUUUUAGAAGUCAGGUCAAGGCUCCAAAAGCCCAAAGGCGAUAUAAGGGUGGCAGCUGACAACAGUUUUUGUUUGCCACAUGGAUCAUUUUAGUUCAGCUGGGUGUCUU